UGGCUCGAGCUGCGUGGGGUACCGUGUGAGUUGCUCUGGCGCCCCAGUCACGCGCUGGGCGUUGGCGUGCCACUGGUGUUAGCAUGACAUACACAGUUGCUGCUCGCGUAAACCACAAUUCCGAUGAUGAGAGCCGGCCAGCCGAUACUGCAGCAGGGAUGUCUCUUUGGAAGUUGAGCCUGGUAGCCUUGCCUAUGCUGACUGUUCAGGCGUUCUGGGUGUUCCUGAUGCCGUGCAGCGCUCCGUACUUGCUGCGUCUUGGGCUGAGCACGUCUGUAGCCACGCUGAACAAUCUGGCAGGCCCCAUCACAGGAUUCUUCACGGGUCCGCUCGUGAGUGCUAUGUCCGAUUCGUUGACCUCCCCGUAUGGGCGGCGCAGGCCUGUGAUCGUGGUGGGGCUCGCCCUCACGUGGGUGGCGGGCGUCCUCUUCACCCUGAGCGAGCACGUCCUGCCGGCUAGCACCGCCCCACUAAUGGCCGCUCCCAUGUUCUGGGUGUUGGACGUCACGAUCAACAUAUUACAGGCACCGCAUCGCGCGCUGGUUGCAGACCUCUCCUCUGACGCGCAGCAAGUCCCGAUGCAAACCGUGAUCGUGUGCAUGCAGGCUGUCGGAACAUUGACCGGCUUCUCCAUCAUGACCAUCUUCGACGUCCCUGCCGAGCACAUGCUGGAGCUGGUCGUGCUCGUCUGCCUGCUCAACACGCUUGCCGUGGCCGUCCAGUUCAGCGUCGCGGAGGAGAGGCCCGCGGCCCACGCUGCGCAGCACAGCACGGACGUUCGCGGCCGGGUGCUGGCCCCGGUGCUUGACGUCAUCGAGGCCGCGAAGGGCAGCUCCUUCCGCUUCCGCCACCUGGCGGCAGUCCAGUGCCUGCUCACCGUAGGAGGCAGCACCUGGGGCCUGUACGCGGGGCAGUGGUUCGGCGUCUGCGUCUACCAGGGCGACCCGCACGCGCCGCCUGGCUCGGCUGGCCACGACGCCUACGCGGCGGGGCUGCGGCAGUUUGCCCACGCGGGGCAGAGCAAGGCGGUGUUUGUGCUGGCGGCAUCCUUGGUCGUGAUCUCGAUCCUCCGCCGGACUGAGGUGCGCCCGAUGACGAUCUACGCCGCGCUGAUCUGCGCCGGAGCCGCGGCGAGCACGGCGGCCGCGUUCUUUGUGCAGCACAAUGGCAUGUUCGCCCUGCUCUGCGCCAAUCUCAGUGGUCUGCCGUUCGCGGGCGCGAGCGCCAUUCCGUUCGGCAUCGUCGCAGCGUUCAGCAAGCGCGACGAGUCGCAGGGGGAGCGUUCGAGCAUCGCCUUGAAUAUGUCGUUCCUCAACUGUGCCUCCACUUUCGGUCAGCAGCUCUGCACUCUUACCCUUGCUGUCAUCGAAGGGAACAUAGACUUGGCGCAGGCGCUGCCUAUAAUGUUCAUCGUGGCCGCAGCCGCAGAAGCACUGGCAGCAGCGGGCGCUUACCUUGUAGACGAUACUAUAGAGCAGAAGAGUACGGACACCGAGCUCAAAGGCAAGAUUUUGGCCUAGGCGUGACGCUCUGGCAGCCAAUGUCAACACUGGCUCCCGUUUAAAUAGAAAGUCGUGUCUGCAGGUCGUCGACGCCUGUACUGUCCUGGCUUCUUUUGGAUCCGCCUGCACCGGUAGGAGGAGCAGCACACCGUGAGGGUGACACGCUUCCCGAGAAUUUCUUGCACGCGCGAUUAGUUCCAGCAGUUAGCAUGCAAUCGGCUCAUUAAGCCCCGGGCGACCCCCUCCCCGCAGAGGUUGGGCGUCGCGUAAGAAGCGACGCCCCAGCGCCCGCCCAGUCCGGGGGAAUGCCGGACCGGGCGGCGGCCUCCUCCUCCUCCUCCUCCUCCUCCUCCUCGUCCUCCUCCUCCUCCUCCUCGUCCUCCUCCUCCUCCUCCUCCUCCUCGUCCUCCUCCUCCUCCUCCUCCUCCUCCUCCUUCUCCUCCUCCUCCUCCUGGGAGCGGAGCGGUGGCGUGCGACGAAAGAGCGCGGCACCCUCCUGGCGCGACCCCGCCCCGCUGACCCCCGCGCCGGGCCCCUUCUGCCCGCCUCCGUGGAGGCCGAGCUGCGCCGGCUUCGCUUAAAGAGGGGUGGUAGACUGGGAGCUGCGUGCGUCUGGCUUGCAAAAGAACAAAAAUCACUUCAUUCAAUCACUCUUUCUUUGAUCCACCUUGCCCCGUCCGAUUCAUUGUGUCACCGCACCAACGACCUGGCUGCGACACAUGCUUUUGUAUACUAGAUAGCGUGCACCUGUUUCAGCUUAGGAUGGGGCACGAUCAGGGUCGUGAUGCCGAUUGCUAGUCCAGGGUUACAGUCUUCAAUGCUCUCUUCCACC